CAAUCCAGACACUCAAGAGUCUUUGCCAGUACUGCCAUUAGACCACCUCUUGCUCAGCAGUAUGGCAGACUCUCUGUGCAGGCUGUUUCAUCUCCCCACAAAGAGCACUUCAAAAACUGUUGCAGAGCGUGGCAAGUGGGGCAGCAAAAAGGAGUUCAUCCUGUCUGUGGCCGGUGCUAUUAUUGGACUAGGCAAUGUGUGGAGAUUUCCAUAUCUUUGCUACAAGAAUGGUGGAGGUGCAUUCUUCAUCCCUUACGUCCUAUUCCUUCUCACUUGUGGCAUACCUCUAUUUGUGCUGGAGACGGCACUGGGCCAGUACACCAGUCAGGGGGGAAUCAUGUGCUGGAGGAGGGUCUGCCCCUUGUUUGAAGGCAUGGGUUAUGCAAGCCAAAUGAUCCUUUUCUACGGAGGCAUCAGCUAUAUUGUGAUUUUAGCCUGGGCUUUUCUCUACUUGUUCUCUUCCUUCUCUGGAGAGUUGCCAUGGGCCACCUGUAAUAACACAUGGAAUACAAAUCGUUGUGUGGUAAUAAACCACUACAAUGCCACCCUCAACUGGACGUUACCUGUAAAUUCAUCAUCUUCUGUUGUAGAGUUUUGGCAGCGUCGGGUGUUGAACAUAUCCACUGGCAUAGAGGCCUUGGGAAACAUUCAGUGGGAACUUUCUCUGUGCCUUCUUCUAGCCUGGGUCAUCUGCUACUUUUGUGUCUGGAAGGGAGUUAAAUCCACAGGAAAGGCUACAUAUUUCACAGCCACAUUCCCCUUCAUCACAUUAGCUGUGCUGUUUGUCAGAGGAAUAACCCUUCCCGGAGCUUUCCAUGGGAUCAAAUACUACUUGUAUCCCAAUCCGGCACGGCUUGCUGACCCACAGGUCUGGAUGGAUGCUGGAACACAAAUAUUUUAUUCUUAUGCCAUAUGUUUGGGAUGCCUGACUACACUUGGAAGCUACAACAAGUACAACAAUAACUGUUACAGAGACUCCUUCUAUCUUUGCUUGUUGAACAGUGGGACCAGCUUCGUAUCGGGCUUUGCGAUAUUCUCAGUUUUGGGCUACAUGUCACAAAAACAGGAUGUGGACAUUGCUACAGUUGCUGAAUCAGGUCCAGGACUUGUCUUCAUAGUUUACCCACAAGCUGUGACCCUGCUGCCAUGGCCUCAGGUCUGGUCUGUGUGCUUUUUCACCAUGAUCAUCUUACUGGGAAUAGAUGGCCAGUUUGCAGGUCUCGAGAGCAUCAUGACCUCGUUAACAGAUGUGUACCCAGCCCAGAUACGAAAAGGAUACCGCAGAGAGCUUUAUCUGAUGCUGAUCUGUGCGCUCUGCUAUAUGUUUGGCCUGUUAUUAGUGUCUGAGGCUGGCGCAUACAUUCUGCAGAUCUUUGAUCACUAUGUCUGCAGUGGGCCCACUCUUCUUCUGAUGGCAAUUUUCCAGUCAGUGAUUAUUGGAUGGAUCUAUGGUGCUCAACGCUUCUGUGACAACAUUGAGGACAUGAUUGGUUACAAACCUCUGCCACUAAUCAAGUACUGCUGGCUGUACGCCACUCCUCUUAUUUGCAGUGGAACCCUUGUGUUUUUGCUGAUAAGUUACACACCACUGAAGUUCAACAACAUCUACGUGUAUCCUUGGUGGGCUUACUGGAUUGGCUGGUUCCUCGCCAUGUCAUCUCUUUCUAUGAUCCCAGUCACUAUGAUGUACAAACUGGCCAAAGGUAGAGGGAGUCUCUGGCAGCGUCUUAAGACCAGCUCCCGCCCAGCAGAUGAUCUUCCAGUGAUGGCAAAGGUGACAACAAAAGAAAGGGCGAGCUUCACUGCAUGUCCACGAUAAUAGAGCAAAUGACCAUAUUUUUAAAAAAUCCCAACUUUAAGAGCAACUUUAUUUUUUUUUUUAAUUUCAAAAAUAUGUAGAGUAGCUUGUUUACUGCAUGGUUUUAAAUGGUGGGUCAUUUUUAGUACAGCAAAUUGUUUUAACACAAAAAGACCAGCUUGACAGAUCAAAGAUCUAAAAUAAGCUUGUUUGUUUUUUUUAUUAAAUUGUGUUGAAAUUCACUGAAAUUCACUGCCAUCAUUGCUAUAUUCAGCUCUAAGCUAAAAGGACAAAGUGGUACAGAACGGCAAAGUUCCUCUGGCAUUAACAUCAGCACAAAAGCUGUGUCCUAGGAGCUACGUGGCAUGGCUUUCCUGUAAGUGUAAUGUGUAGGUGGUGCAGUACUUUUAUCCAUAAAGAUUAUCAUCAUAUUAUCGGCAUUCCAAAUUCUCAUUUGUGUUUUUCACUGGGAGGAAAAAACAGCAUUUUUUACUACAUAUAAAUCUAAACGAAUAUACAGUACCUCUUUUACAGUUGUCAUAGGUGUAAAGAUGCUUCCUGCUUGAAUUUAUACAAUAAUUCUACAAUAUCUUAUAAGCUAGUUUUACUUCAUUGUUUAUGGGUAAGUAUUUUCUUGGAUUAAAGUAGUAUUAAGAGCUUUUUUAUUUUACUUCUGGAUUUACACAUGAAUUUACAUUUUUAUUAAGAACUCUAGAACAGCUAUAAACAUAAUGGGUUGGGAUAAAUUUAUCAGUGUUUGUUUUAGGAGAUCUGUCUGUGGCCUGUAUGUGUACAAAAGAAGGACAUCUGAAAUCCUUAAAGAGACUGGAUGUAUAACAUAUUGUACUGAGCAGUAAUAUUUGUAGGUUUCAAAUACCCAAAAACCAAACAAAUCUACUCCCUCAGCAGUGUUUGGGUCACUGGCUAUGUGCACCAUGGCAGCAUGACAGGUGAAUUUCUGUGGCUAACAUUUAUUCAGGGUCUUAUUCAUGUAUUUUUAUUAAAUAUAAUACACCAAAUAUGUAUAUCCUCCACAAAGGUAUUAGGACUUGCUUGAAUCUGUAACACAAUUUUUUUAACGCUUUAAUUCAGAGUUUUCCUUUUUCCUAAAGUAUUUUUUGUACUGAUUAAGGGUUUUUAUUCAACAUGUGAAUUUAAAUUUGUAUAAUAAA